UGUUUCUAUUUAAAAUUUCUUUUUGGGUGGUAAUGCAAAGGAUUUAAACUUUUGGGAAGAGAAAGUAAGAAAGAAGAGGGUUAUGUUUUGUUUAAAAAUGGAGGAGAGUAUGUGAAGUCUAUGGAGAAGAAGAAACCAGAGGGGGAAAAGAGAGAGAAUUCGAUGGCAAAUUUGAGGUUUUCCGACGAGAAUCCGGCAGCAAGUGGUUUUGGUGGAAGCAUCUUUGACAUGGCAGCAGGAGCAUGUGAAGGUAGUGGUGGAGAUAAGUGGGGGACUUUAGGCUUCAUGGACUUGCUCGGUAUCCAUCAAGAUUUUGCUGCUCCUUCUUUAUUCGAUUCCUUUCAGCCUCCGAUUCUUUCAUCAUCACCACCACCUCCACCUCCACCAUCGUCCUCUGAGCUUCACCAAGAGAUAUUACAUGAACUACAACUGGAAAAUAAGCAACUUAUACAGCAGCAGCAGCAGCUUCAAGGACUCCCAUCGCCGGCUUCCACCGUACCGGAAUCUUCAGAGGUUUUAAACAACCCGGCAACGCCCAACUCUUCUUCGAUCUCUUCCUCAUCGAAUGAAGCCGCAAAUGAUGAGCAAACCAAAACCGGGGAUGAUGAAGAACAGGAUCAAGACAAGACAAAGAAACAGUUGAAACCCAAAAAGAAGAACCAAAAAAGGCAAAGAGAGCCGAGAUUUGCGUUCAUGACUAAGAGUGAAGUUGAUCACCUCGAUGAUGGCUACAGAUGGAGAAAGUAUGGGCAGAAAGCUGUGAAAAACAGCCCUUAUCCCAGGAGCUAUUAUCGUUGCACCAGCGCUGGAUGCGGGGUGAAGAAGAGAGUGGAGAGAUCAUCCGAUGAUCCCACGGUCGUCGUCACCACUUACGAAGGGCAGCACACUCAUCCCUGCCCGAUAACCCCACGUGGAAGCAUCGGAAUCUCACCGGAUUCCUCCACCUUCGGUGCUGCUUCUGCUGCAUCUUUUAUUGUCCCACAACCUCAGUAUUUACAUCAGCAACAACCCUAUAUAUAUACCUCAUUGCCUCCUUUGAAUAUCACCACCGCCACCGCCACCAGUUCUAGCUUCAUCAAUCCCUCGUUUCCCGCUUUCCUUCAAGAGAGACGUGUCGCUCCUCCUUCAGCUUCAUCACUUCGAGACCAUGGACUCCUUCAGGAUAUUGUUCCAUCCCAGAUGAGGAACGAGGCAAAGGAAGAGUAGUAGAAUGGGGUUUUUAAUUUUAUCUUGCUGGUAUGUAGUUCUUCUAACUAACUCAGGGGAUUCAUUUCUUUAGAACAAAGAACCCCUUCACCAUUUUAUAUAUUAUUUGUGUAAAAUCACUAGUUUUUUUUUUUAGUCUUUGGAUAACUCGUUUUGUCCUUGGUUUUUUCUCUUGUGGUUAUUCUUUGUAUGUAGAGAGAGUAUUCAAUUAUGGAGAUAUUGGGUUGUUUCUUUCUUUA